GGGAAUUCAAAGAAUGAGAGAUGUCCACAAGUCAAUUCUCCCGCGGUAUACCUCGUGUCAGCACAAUGCUGUCCCUGUCGAAUAAAGUCCGAACUGCCCAGCAUUCUACCUCGGCAAGUCCGCGGUGCCGGCGCGUUCUCAACCUCAUCCCCAUAAGCACAACGAUUUACGGCCGAAGCUUGGUGAAGGCGUAAACUGCGUUAUAUUCUUUGAUGUACCGCUCGCAAUUAUCUAGCCAAUUCCUCCUUACUCACUGCCACCAGCUCCGCUCUACAUCUACCCGCUUAGACUGACGGGCUGCUUUGGAAGACACGGCGCACUAUGCCUCUCGAGAAGUACCAAUACAUGAGCAAUGUGUGGAGGGACGGCAUAUUCGAUAAUAAAGUCGUCUUCUGUACGGGAGGAGCAGGGACGAUUUGCUCUGCACAGGUCCGUGCGAUGGUCCAUCUCGGCGCCGACGCCUGCAUCAUCGGUCGGAAUGUUGAAAAGACGGAGAACAUGGCAAAGGACAUCGCGACUGCAAGGACGGGCGCAAAAGUCUUGGGUCUCGGGGCUGUGGAUGUGAGAAAACCAGAGGCGCUGACUGCGGCUGCGGAAAGAUGUGUGAAAGAGCUGGGUAGCAUCGACUUUGUGAUUGCUGGUGCAGCGGGAAAUUUUCUGGCCCCUAUGGAUCAGAUAUCAUCCAACGCAAUGAAAUCGGUCAUUGACAUUGAUGUUCUAGGAUCGUGGAAUACUGUCAAAGCAACGUUGCCUUAUCUUAUCGAGUCCGCGGGCAAGCAUAAGACAGACGGGAAAACACUACCCCCCAAUGGGACUGGCGGUCGCAUUAUCUUUGUCAGCGCAACGCUACACUACACCGGUACGCCAAUGCAAAGCCAUGUCUCUGUAGCCAAGGCAGGAGUUGAUGCCAUGGCAAUGUCUGUUGCUAUUGAGCAGGGACCGAGGGGCAUAACCUCGAAUGUUAUCGCACCCGGUCCGAUUGCAGAUACAGAGGGCGUGGCCCGGCUAUCAAAAUCAGAGGGCCGGGAUAAAUCAGCAAAGGCCAUCCCAUCUGGAAGAUAUGGGACGGUCAAGGAGAUCGCGGAUGCUACCAUUUACCUUUUCUCCGACACGGGUAGCUAUGUUAACGGGGAGGUGCUAGUCGUCGAUGGAGGUCAGUGGCACACGUCAGGUGUCGGCGGGCGCCAAUGGGAAUACCCAGAUUUCCUUCUAGCAGGAGCGCCUGUGGAAGGCGUUGCAGGUGGUAAGAAGUCGAAGUUGUGAGCUCAAUGCGCAACCUCUUGUCUAUAUGUAUAGAUAGCAAUACCCAGAAGCGAUUCUCUAAA